CGGCGGGGAAGAUGGUCUCCCUGUCCGUCUCCUCGGCAUGUACAGGCACAUUGUGCAUUGCGCAUUCAUUCCGCCGCUAUAUAUGGUAUAUGGACGUGCUGCAAAGUUGCAUGCCUUGCCCCUCUCCUGCGCAAACCCGAGUGAUCUUAGACAAGUUCGAGUUUCCAUUUAAGGCACUGUUGCAUCGUUGGCAAUACAGACGCAGUGCGCCAGAGCCAACCAGUCGGAUUCAACUUUAUCAAAUGCAACAGAAGGGGAAGAAAUUAUUCCCUGCAGUUUCUUCUGUGUGCUUUACCUCUAGAAAAUAGCUAAUAUUCAAUACCUACUUAUUUUUCUAGGCCGCAGAAACAAACGCAGGAUGGAUCCACAAAACCUUCAAUACCAAAUAAAAUGGCCUCUAUAUGUGCGUAUAUAUAUAUAUAUAUAUAUAUAUAUAUAUAUAUAUAUAUAUAUGUAUAUUGCACUCGGACAUUAUUACAGAGCAGAGCUCAAACAGCAUAACAAUAACUUAUUUUAAAAUUAAAAUAAGUCGAUAAUACCUCGUACAUGGGCCAUUAAAUCACAGCAUCAGUUAAACACCAUGUGAGAAUUGGCAGUGUUGUAUAUAGCCAGGAAGAACACGGCACGAAUAGGAGUCCCGCGAAACAAUACUGCUCCCAGCCGAGAGACUCCAUGGACAUACAUCUGCUAAUUAUUGAUUAAAUGCUAAAUUUUUAGUAUUUUGAGAUUAUACCCAGAAUUGUUAAAUUUAUUCAUAUAUGUGUUCGGUUUCCCCUGAUUUCAUAUCAAGCGGCGCACUGGCACAUUUUAUAUCAAAGGAAUUGCCAGGAAGCAAAAAGCAGUAUUAGAAUUUUGAUCAGGUUUUGAUUCUGCACUACUCCGUAGAGAAGUCUCAAUCUCGAGGUAAGAUACAUAGCAGCAGCACGCUAUUCCGAUUGCCUUGGAUUUUCGUGCUCAAUAUGACAUGCGCCAAAUACGUAGUUACCUAGCCAACUUUUUUAGAACAAAAGUAAAAAUAGAUCCCACUUCCAUCA